UAUUACUUUAACAUGGACGAUAUUAGAAGAUUUAAUGAAAAACAGCAGAUCAAAAAGGAGACAAUGAACGAUUCCCCAGAAAGACAGGCUGAAACAUACCGUAUGAUCCAAGCAAGGGAAGAUUUUAGCUCAAAUCCACUCCAGGCUACAUUCAACUUCCUUUUUCCAUACUUUAGGCUGAAUUCGUUCACAGUUAUUUACUUUAUCAUCUGAGUUCUCGCCUAUGGAGUCCAGUAUUUUGUGUAUGCUAACCACACAUGGACAUGAACUUUGUAUAAAUGAGGAGCUAAUUACUUACCGUCGAUUCAAAGAUUGCAUCAGUUCUACCGGUUAAUUGCUCCAACUGUUUUGCAUCUCAACAUCUGGCACAUCCUCAUGAAUUUGUUUGCUCUACUUAUGUUGGGCAACAGCAGCGAGCACUUUUUGGGAAGCUUCAAGUUUUUCUUAUUGCUGAUCCUCUCCGGCAUUACGGGAAACCUCUUCUCAGCCUCAUUCUCCGAUCCAUGAGGACUUGCAGUUGGAGCAUCUACCUGCAUUAUGGGAGUUUUAGCAAUGCAUUUGAUUUGGUUUUUUACUGUUUGGAGGCAUCUAGGACCAUUCAAGUAUAUCUACGCAGUUUACCUCGCAAUAAUGACUGGUACUCUGCUCUUCGGUGGAUUUUCAUACAAAGCCAGCAACGUUGACUCAUGGGGGCACAUCGGUGGCUUCAUUGCCGGUUUGUGCUUCACUCUUGCUUUAUAUGAAGGUGCUAGACAGCAUGAAAUACUAAGAAAAUUCAGAGUUCUAGCCUCUGUAGUUAUUAUCCUACUCGUAUGAGCUUCUACAGGUUGGAUCUUGAUCAGAGAAACGAAUAGAUGCCAUGCCAGAGUUUGAUAAAUUCUUUUCCCU